AGUUCAUGACAGUAAUGAACUGGAGUUAAUGACAGUUCGCCCAGCCUAAAAUCAUUUGCUGAUGAUUUUUUGUAUAAUCAAACAGUAGUAAUUUAAUAAUAAAUAUUUUAAGUUUUUAAUUGUUCUUUAACGGUCCUUUAAUUUUAUCAAGUAAUUAUGCCCGCAUACCAUUCUAGCUUUACCGAUAAUAAAUCUGCAAUUGGCAACUUAGCACUAGUGCCAAUAAAAACGCAGUUUAGGGGUCCCGCUCCACCUUACACCGGUGAUGAAUUAGAUAUUAUUGAUGAAGCGUUAUAUUUCUUUCGGGCUAAUGUUUUCUUCCGAACGUAUGAAAUUAAGAGUGAUGCUGAUCGAGUUCUUAUAUACAUCACUCUUUACAUUACAGAAUGUUUAAAGAAACUACAAAAGUGUGGGAAUCAAAAUCAAGCCCUCACUGAAUUAUACUCAUUGUCAUUAUCAAGAUUUGACAUACCUGGAGAUCCUGAUUUUCCAUUAAAUCUAGUUUAUGCAAAACCAAAUAGUCCUUCUGAAGCAGAAUCAAUGAGGCAGUAUUUGCAGCAAGUUAGACAAGAAGUUUCUCAACGUCUUAUCAAAAAAGUAUAUGGAAGUGAUGGAAAACCAAGUAAAUGGUGGCUGUGCUUUGCCAAAAAGAAAUUUAUGGAUAAAUCUUUGUCAGGACCUGGCCAAUAAUAAUCUACUUUCAACACAAAGUACUUUUUUGUUAUUUUUCAUUUUAAAAUAAAAUUUAUUAUGUUUCGUAAUAUUAAAAACAUA